GCGGUGCUGAUUCUAAGGAGAUAGGAGUAGGGGAGAGAGAGAGUGUGUGUGUGUGGGAACAUUUUGAGAUUUGGCUUUUUGUGGCAAGUGUAGGGAGUGAUGGCUGGCAAAAGAUGAGUGGGGCUUCUUUUGCUUUGGUGUUUUCUGGUUCUGCAAUGUAUUUUGCUCAUGCACUGAGAAGUAACAUCCUCUUUGUGUGUGGCCACUGAUAAUAGAUUGUUUGGUUCUUUGCACUUGGUUGUCGUAGUAUAGACCAUUAAGAAGCUGCUGGGGUUUUUAGGGCCUUUCUUAGUGCUGACUGCUUCAAGCAGGUAUGCUUGGACUCCAAUUGGACCAACCCUUUCUUAUAUCUUAUAUCUUUUUCUCUUUUCACAUAUUAGUUCCUGAAAGUGAGCUUCACUUAUUUGUUGAUGGUUUUGUUUUUCACCUGAUCUAGUCUGUUCUGUCAUUUGAGAUUUCCUAUCUUAACAGGGGAGAGGAAAAAAAUAAGUCAAGAAGAAGAAUUGUGUAGAAAGAUGCAGUCUGGGUUUUGGGGUUUGAGACUUUGUGGACCGGGAAAGGUCUUGUUGAUGUGUGUGUGAGAGAGAUUCAUUGAAAAAAGGGGGUACGAAUAAAGAGAAUGAUAAACAAAUGAGGGGAGGGCGGUGGUGUUAGUUCUGAGCAAGUGGGGGUGUUUCUGGUGUUGAGAAUUAUAUAUGUUUAAGAGUGUGUGUUGGCUAUAUCUCCUUAGCUGACCCCUUUUGCACGGGUUCUUUGCUCUCUGUUACCAACUGAGGAAGCAACCCAUCUCUUAGAUACAUUAACAUAGGGGAGCUAAGUUAAACCACGUUUUAAAAAUUUUGAUUGCCGAAUUCGAUACGGCUUGGAGCUGGUGUGAUACUGGUGGAUUUGACAGGAUUUGCAAGUUAGAAGGUUUAGAGAGAAGAGUGAUCUUGGCAACAUGAAGUUUAUGAAACUUGGAUCCAAGCCUGAUGCAUUUCAGACUGAGGGGGAUAAUAUCAGGUAUGUUGCAACUGAUUUGGCAACUGACAUAGUCAUCAACAUUGGGGAUGUGAAAUUCUAUCUGCAUAAGUUUCCCUUAUUGUCGAAAAGUGCAUGCUUGCAGAAGCUGGUGGCUACCUCAAAUGAUGAAAACAGUGAUGAAAUCCAUAUCCAGGAUAUUCCUGGUGGACCUGCUGCUUUUGAAAUAUGUGCAAAGUUCUGUUAUGGUAUGACCGUCACUCUCAAUGCGUACAAUGUUAUCUCAGCCCAUUGUGCAGCUGAAUACCUUGAGAUGUAUGAAACUGUUGAGAAAGGAAACCUUAUUUACAAGAUUGAGGUCUUCCUCAAUUCAAGCAUCUUCAGGAGCUGGAAAGAUUCAAUUAUUGUUCUUCAAACAACAAAAUCUCUCCUUCCAUGGUCUGAGGAACUAAAGGUUGUUAGCCACUGCCUUGACUCCAUAGCAUCUAAGGCUUCCAUGGAUCCUGCCAAGGUAGAGUGGUCAUAUACCUAUAACAGAAAAAAGCUACCAUCAGAGAAUGGCGAUAGUCCACAGUGGAAUGGUGUGAGGAAAACCCAUACAGUUCCAAAGGACUGGUGGGUAGAAGAUCUUUGUGAACUGCAUAUUGAUUUAUACAAACGGGUAAUAGCAACGAUCAGAACAAAAGGCAAAGUUUCUGAUGACAUAAUUGGAGAAGCCUUGAAUGCAUAUGCCCUGAGAAGAUUGCCAGGUUUUAGCAAGGGUAUGAUUCAAAGUAGUGAUUUCAUGAAAUAUAGAUCACUGGUGGAGACCAUUGUGUGGCUGCUACCUACCGAGAAAGGAAGUGUUUCUUGUAGCUUUUUGCUCAGGUUGUUAAGAGCAACAACUCUCUUGGGUUGUGGAGAAAAGGAAAGGAAUGAGUUGAUGAAGAGAACUGGUCAGCAGCUUGAGCAGGCUAUGGUAGCUGAUCUUUUAAUUCGUGCUCCAGCUGGGGAAACAACUGUGUUUGAUGUUGAUAUAGUGCAGAACCUGGUGGAGGAAUUUGUGACAAAUGACCGGAGUUCCCAGGCCAACAUCUCCUUAGAAAAUGAAUUCCAAGAGAAUAGAAGCCCCAAGUGUGCACCAGGUGCUUCCAAAGCAAGGGUAGCAAAGCUAGUUGAUGGCUAUCUUGCUGAAAUUGCAAGGGAUCCGAAUUUGCCUAUGUCAAAAUUUGUCAAUCUUGCAGAAAUGGUAUCAAGCUUCUCAAGACCUUCACAUGAUGGAGUCUACCGAGCAAUAGACAUGUAUCUGAAGGAACACCCUGGAAUCAGCAAGAGUGAGAAGAAGAGAAUAUGUAGGUUGAUGGACUGCAGGAAGUUGUCAGCAGAGGCUUGCAUGCAUGUUGUGCAAAAUGAGAGGCUGCCAUUGCGGGUAGUUGUGCAGGUUCUGUUCUUUGAGCAAGUUAAGGCCUCAGCAAAUGCUGGCAAUAGCACACCCGACCUACCACGGUCCAUUAGAGCCCUUCUUCCUGGAGGGUCUCAUGGCAGUUCAAGGUCCACCACUACCAACACAGAAGAUGACUGGGAUUCUGCACCAACAGCUGAGGAUAUUAAGGCCUUGAAAGGAGAGCUUGCUACUCUGAGGCUAGGGAGCAACCCCAGUGAUAGAAACGGACAUGAUAUUGCUAAAAAUGAUGCUGAAAAAAUCGCUGCUGGCGGAAUGAAAGGUUUGGUCAUGUCAAAGAUACUCUCAAAACUCUGGUCAGGUAAAGAAAAAAACAGUGAUAUUAGUAGCUCUGAUACCUCAGAUAGCCCAGGAUCAGCCAAUGCAGAGGAAACAAAGUCUACUCCUUCCAGAAGCAGGAGGCACUCGGUAUCUUAGAUAAAAAUGUGGCCAGGCAUGCCCUUUUUGGCUUUGUAAAAUUGUUUCACUCUAUUGACAUUAGGAGACUUAUAUAACUACUGACUUUUUCUAGCUGAUUUAGCCUUUAAUUUUUCAAGCCAACUGGCCAUGAAUCUUCAAGAGCUUGGAUACUAUCUGAGAGACGUUCACCGUGAGGUUCUGUUCCCCAACAGAUUGGAGGCUAUAAAAUUGUUCAUUGUUC